AUGGGACAGACGAUAGGGAAGCUGCUCGACAGGCUGUUUGGUAACCUGCAGUGCCGGGUGGUGAUGCUGGGCUUGGACGCGGCGGGCAAAACAACCAUCCUGUACAAGCUGCACAUCGGCGAGGUGCUGAGCACGGUCCCGACGAUCGGAUUCAACGUCGAGAAGGUGGCGUACAAGAAAGCAGAAUUCACAGUGUGGGACGUCGGCGGGCAGGAGAAGCUGCGUCCGCUGUGGCGGCAUUAUUUCAGCAACACGGACGCGCUCAUCUACGUCGUCGACAGCGCGGACCGGGAACGUAUAAAACGCGCGGCGGAGGAGUUCUCCUCCAUCAUCAACGACCCCCUCAUGAAGAACGCCGUGAUCCUCGUGUUCGCGAACAAGCAAGACCAGCGGGGCGCGGUGCCCCCGAUGGGCGUGUGCCAGGCGCUGGGGCUACCGGAGCUGAGGGGGCGCGUGUGGCAUGUGCAGGGGUCCGUGGCGAUCAACGGCGAGGGGCUGUACGAGGGACUGGACUGGAUGGCUGGGACGAUGACGAAGCUCCGGAGAGCGGGCGUGCGGACCUCCGUGGGCGUGUGA